GGGGGGACAAACGUGGCUGCGAGUGUGUGUGUGUCUGUGUGUGUGUGUGUGAUGCUGACAUGUGACAACAUGAGAUGAGACCCCUCGGACGGGAGCGGCCACCCGGCUGCGGAGCCAGCGCUGCCUGAUCCCUGCCCGCUCCCGAGCAUCCCCGCCAACAUGCCACUGACCUGUGCCUCCACCUCACCUCUACACUGCCAUGGCUACUCUAGAGACGCUGCCCGUUCUCAGUGACCCAACUUACCCCAUCCCAGAGAACUUCCACAGUUUUUCUCCCCGGCCAUCCCAACCCAUCUCCCAGAGCACCAUGGGCAGCGUGGGCAGCGGCGUUGCCAAUGACCAGGAGUUUGCCAUGAAGAGCGUGGGGACCCGGACGCAGAGCAGCAGCCGGCAAACGGAGGGGUCUCGCAAUGGGUAUUCCACACGGGAGAUCUCCAACCGCUACUCUGGCGAGGAGAAGACAUACAAGUCGGAGAAGGUCUCCAAUUCCCUCUACAUCAACGGCGACCUGCGCAAGAGCGAGAAGGUGAAGAUGGACAUCUGUGGGAACGUGACCACCAACAAUGAGAAGAACAUGCCGCCACCUCCCCAAUACCGAGAGCCCAGUAACCCACCAAAGAUAUUGCCAAUCUCCGGCAAACUAGACCAGAGCAAUGAGCCCUUAGUUAGACCCUCAGCCUUUAAACCAGUAGUUCCUAAAAACUUCCAUUCCAUGCAGAACCUCUGCCCGCCGCAGAGCAACGGGGUGACAGAGAACAGAAAGAGCUUGAACCAUGCCAACAGCAAUAGCCCGUCCGCACCCAAAAGUGGACUCGACAAGAGCAGCCUUAACAGGACUACAAACCAAGUGGGGGGCCUUUCGGAUUCAGGCCGUAAUUCCUUGACAAGCUUGCCCACCUAUGGGACAGGCUACAGCCAGCAUGUGGGUCCAAUGAGCGCCUCCACCAGCCACAUCAACCGCAUCGGUACAACCUACGUGGACAAGAACAUCGUGGGAUACAACGGGAUAUCUACCUCAGACAGCGGGCGGUCUUCGAGCAAGAGCACCUCUUCGUUCAACAGACUGAACCAUCUCAAUGAAACAAUGCCUUUCCACUCGCCUUCAACGGACGAUAUUAUCCAAGACCUGGAAGACCGGCUGUGGGAGAAGGAGCAGGAGGUCCUCCAGAUGCGAAGGAACUUGGACAAAAGCGAGGCAGCCAUCUUCCAAGUGUUCGAGGAGAAGCAGAAGAUCUGGGAGAGGGAAAUGGAGGACCUGAGGCAAAACUAUGCCAACAAGUUGCAGCAGGUCUCCAAAAAGGCGCAGCGGGCUCAGCAAGCCUUGCAGCUCCAGAUCUUCAAGCUCCAGCAGGAGAAAAAAAAACUCCAAGAUGAUAUGGGACAACUCCUCCAGCAACGAGAGGAACUGGAGAAGAAAUUCGUGGCUUUCAAGAAGGAGCAGGCUGAGUUUCUCCCAAAGAUUGAAGAGACCAAGUGGGAGGUGUGCCAGAAGGCAGGUGAGAUCUCCUUGCUCAAGCAGCAGCUGAAGGACUCCCAAGCAGAUGUGUCCCAGAAACUGAACGAGAUUGUGGGACUGCGGACGCAGCUCAAGGAAGGUAAGAACUUCCUACGGGAGAAGGAGGAGCAGAUCCUCACCCUGAAGGACUCCUACAGCUCCAAGAGCGUCAACCUGGAGAUCUGCGAGAGCGAGCUGCAACGCAAGAUGAGCGAGGUCCAAGUGCUGAGGGAAAAACUGAACCACUGUGAGCUGGAGGUCUCCAGCCUGAAGCGGACACUUGCCAGUGUGGGACCUCCAGGACCUUUUGGUGGGGAUGCUGGGGAGAAGCUGCGGGACCCACUGGCCUGUGAGAGCGAUGAAGCCAAGAUGCAGCGGCAGAGCGAGGACAGCGUCAACACGCUGCGGAAGGAGGUGGAGCGGCUCCAGACGGAGCUGAAGCUGGAGCGGCAGCAGCGGGAGCAGCAAGUGAUGGACUUUGAGGAGGAGCGGCGCACGUGGCAGGAGGAGAAGGAGAAAGUCAUCAAGUACCAGAAGCAGCUGCAACUGAACUACGUGGAGAUGUACCAGAAGAACCAGCUCCUGGAGCACAAAGUGAAUGAGAUGAACACAAAGACCACCAGCCCCCCGCACACCGAGGAGAAGAAACCAUGGACUCCCUCCAGACUCGAGCGAAUAGAGUCCACCGAGAUCUGAGGUGGGACCAAGACAAUACAACCUGAUUUCUGUAUUGCUGUGCAUGUACUACCUACUCAAGCCAGUGAUCUUCCGAAGGAUAAUACGCUACCAUAGGAGCGGUGUGAGUCUGCUCAUACCAAGCUCCACCACCCUUACUCUCUACUUCUGUGCUCUGUAGGUAAAAUAACUGUGGAUGUGCGUUGUUUUUCUAUGGAUAAUGCUACAUCUCCUUUGGGUUUCUUUCCUAGUACAGCUGGUGAGGGUCAGUUGGCUCUUUUGUAAUCUGCCGUGACUGUUACUUUGCUAGAAGCUGCCGUCCCCUCUCCUACAAUUCACGCCUCUUCCGGUUGGUUGUUUCGGAGGGUUGUAGUUGGUAUCUUUGGUUUUUCCAAGCAGCAAAACAGUUCAAAGUGGCAGGUUUUAAUCAGGGCAUUUUUAGCCACAUUGGCUAACGGAGCGAAGCUCUCGGGAUCGUGAGCAAACUCACUGGUCUGCAUCAAGUAUCCUGUCUAGACGGUGGUCUUAGUGAAGUCAGUGCGAGGUUGGCCACUGACUUCAGUGAAACCAGACAUAUCUCUACCAGAUGACUCCCUCUUGCCAGCCCAUGGCUGUCAUGGUUGCAAGAGGUUAGGACAUCCUCGAGAAGCAGGAUGAGCCUGUCCUAGUAACAUAAGCCAACAAGGAAUGAUCACCCAGCAGGAGCCUCUUUGGAGGCUCAGCAGAGCUGCGUUUUCAUUUCAUUGUGGUUUCCUUCUGCAGUUCCACUCCUCUUCUGGGUUGUGCUCCACUCUCAACCCUGGGAGAAUAAAUACGCUCUCACCUCUUCCUUGGUCCCCCUAUUCCUACUACAUAUUCAAGCUGGCUACAGCAAGAAAGAAACUUGGAAAUACAAGCUAGUUUCCCCUCCCAAGAGCCCUUUCACUUCCCAAAGUCAAUGAAAUCGAGGUUUGGAGAAGCCUUCAAACCUGUGGGAUGUUUAUGCAAACUGAAGCUUUAGCAAUUUGCCCCAACAGUGGGCAAUUGUGCUGCCCCAUUCUCAAAUGAGUGAUGCUUUGAUGCACUCUCUUGGUCCAGGGUCUCCUUCAAAACUGCAUCCAAGCCUCACUCAGGAGUUGCAGUGAGCAACAUCAGCAUCACUGCUAGAUCACAAUGAUGUGUUAGCCUUCAGCACAGCCAUUUCAAACAGCAUCCCAUAGCGAUCCCAUGUGGCAUCACACACUCCAGGGACAGAGAUAACACAGGCUUAGCUUAAGGAAAUAUUCAGCUACUAACUCUGAGCAUGAAAGCAGUAAUGAGAAGGGAAAAUGUUUAAGAUCACUCAAGUGCUUAUGCCCUGGCAGAAUAAUAACCAAAUCUCGUAUGCACAGUCACUGGGAAUGGUGCAGGCAUCAAAAACCAGCAUUCAGCUUGAAAAGGUGGGCAAAGUGGGCCUGGUUCUCCCUUUCAUGGACACUUUUUUACUGUGAUUCACAGUGAAGAGUUAAAACUCGUUGCACAGUGGAAUUUGCACUGACUGGUCAGUGGCCAAAGGAUCGACACAAGUGGGAAUUGCAGCUCUUUGUCCUUGGGAGCAGCUAGAAGAACAAAGGUAGAAUUAUCAAUGGGACAUUUUGGAAUGAGGGGACUCCAGGGAGAGUUUGGCCAGAUCACAUUCCAUGUGCGUACCAAGGAAGAACCUCAGGGCAUUGAGGAGCAUCCAAACAAAAGCCCUGAAGCUACACAUUUUCCAUGUUCCCUUCCCCAGUAGCUCCCCCUCUCCAUCACCAGGUCUGAGCUUCCAGCUGGGGAAAAACACUGUUGUGGUGAGCUCCAGACCGAGCAAAGAGGCUGAGCAGGAGAGAGGAGACUUCAGUUAGUCCCAUUAACCACCAGCCAAGGCCAACAGUAUUGCUGGACAGGAACGGUUAGUGGCUGGCAGCCAUCCCUGGAGCUGUAGAGAGUGUAGAUGUAUGAUGAGACCAGGGCAUUUCAAGAUCCCAGUUGAGGGUACCUGUCUUUUCCCACUGCUUCUGCCUUUGGAGCUGGCCCAUCAGCCUGGGAAACACCAGGGCAGCUCAGGCUAAGCCCCUCUUCCAGGAUCAGUCUCCAGGACUAGGUCAGGUCUGACCCCUGAAGGGUGUUAAGAAGUCCCAUUAUGAGUCCUUGCAGAUGCUCCAGUGCUCUUGGACAUCAUCUGCACACCCUAAUGAGGAAGCAGUGCAACUGACUGCUGGUAUCACUCAGCAGCAGAUUUGACCAUGCCAAAGGAGACACCCACAUGUGCUGCACAAACUUAUACACUUGGCCAGGCAAAUCCAAGAGCUUCCCCCAUUUCAUACACUGGGCCUUCCAGAUGGAGCCAAAUAUCUCACAAUGUCAGGGUUGGAGAUCUGCUGUCUUGUGUCAUCUUGGCUUUCUGUGCUUCUCUUUCCACAUCAGACAAAGGCACGUUGUCUUCCUUCACAAAGCAGUUGUGAGGCAUCUGUGCUUGUGAAGGGUUUUGCAGUCCUUGAGCACAAGGUCAGAGCAUGGAGAAAUAGCAAGAGGCUUAGACUCUGAUGUUCAUAUGGUGCUUUUGAGGCCACCACAUGAAAAGCAAACCCCACAGCAAGUGCCCUCCCCACAAGAUGGGUCCAAUAACCUGGUGGGUCAUUUCCACCUUUGCUCCUCCUGGCUCCACUGAUGUUAAGGUUCAUUUCCCUCUAACCAUCACAGAAACCAGUGUCUCAGUUGGUGGUUCAAGAAGACCCAAAGUGAUUGAGUUUGAAGGAUCUGCUGUUGAGGAGGUGUACACUACAAUUCGCUGCUGUGUUAACACUCGAGAAAUGGGCACUAGCAUCACCCUGUGGGAUACCUCCUCAACAGAGCUCCUUCUUUCACAAGCAGGAGAAGCAGGGGCUUGUCUGGCGUCCCCCCAUCCCUGGAUGCAGUCAGCAGCAGCCAGCCAAGCCCUCCAGCCUGCCAGGUUUGCUCCAUCACCUUUUUCUUGCAGUAAUGCCAGGAAUGAGCGUGUCUUGAUGGACCCAGUGAAACCAGGAGGCAAAUGGGUUUGUCUGACUGCUGGAGGGUGCUGGGCUGCCCAGGGACUCAAUGGCCUCACAGUGCAUCCAUCAGGGACUGCCGAGCUCCUUGGGAUGGAGCAGGAGUGGCAAGGAGAGAUUUUUCACCCUGGAGGAGGAGAUGUACCCUCCCUUCACCUUCUUCUUCACUACAUUAGUAUGAUCUAGUGUUCUGAUCCGGACCUGAGCAACCUCGAUUGUGGCCAUUCCCUGGAUGACAGAAAGCUUUGUAGACACCCAUUAAGAUGUUUGUGCUGCUGAUGGUGGUUUCCCCUGUUUUGGGUAUUAGCCAAACAUACCUCAAGCACUCAGCUGCCCUACAGCAAACACCCUCCUAUGCUGCAGUGACAUAAAAUACUGAUGGUUUUGGCAAGUGCCCCAGCCAAACUGCCAUGAAGGAUUCCACAGGAACCCUCCCCACAACUGGAUGCACUUCUCCCCAUCACGUCCCCUCCCCUGUGUUAGCACUGUGUCACCACAUGGUGAUAACCAGCCUCUCUUGGAGGUGACUGCCCUUUGCUCAGCAGAUAUGGAGCAAAAUGAUGGAGGGACAUCCAGGUUCCUGUUGUUUGGUGCAGGUGGGAGCUCCCCUGGCCCUUUCCAGGUCUUAACACUUUUACUCACUGACUGGAUGAAGUCUCCCAUCACAAACUAGGUCUGUGUUGAGCCCCUGGGGUCUUAGCCUUGAAGUAAGAUAGCCAAGGGGUGCCAGACUGGUGUUUUGAUGCCAUAUCAUGGGAAUGGCCAAGGGGGCUGAUAUCUUGUCUCUUGGAGACUCAGGCAGGGCUGAUAAAAUGUUUGUGUCUCAUGAAACUCAACCCAGAGUUUGGGUUGGCCAUCACCCAGCCUUCUCCUCCACCUUUGCUCAGCCAGCUCUGGAGCUGAUGGGAUUCAGUGUGACAUACUGGCUCAUGCUUAAUUCUGCCCUCAAAAUCUUGCACAUGGUUAGCAUCUCACCUGAAACAAGAAGUCAUCUCUAACUUGCCAGCAAAAGCUGUGGUCACAAUGAUCUCAGGUCAGUUGCUCACACAGGGGGUCCAGAGACAUUAGAGAUGCUCUGGGAUACCCAAUACAUGGGGCUGCCCCAGAUGAUCCAAGAUCUAUGGGAGAGUCAGGCCAGUGGUGGGAAGACCUGGAGCAUCUCUUGUGGCACAUCACCCAGUGCGGGCAACUGACUUGUGCUCCAGGCAUGAGCAAAUAGAGGAUUUAAUCAGCUCCAGCAAUUUCCAUCCAUGAGGAUUUGGGCUGAGCAGGUCAUCCUGGUGCCAGGGAAGGUCUAAGCAGCCCCUUUUCCCCCUUGCUGUGAGCAGGGCUGCUUUGCUCCACCAUCAUGUCGAGGUGGGUUGCUGUUGCUCUAAGAUGCCAAGCCAGCACUCCCGUCUCACCCUGAGGGUGAACGCCGCCACCAUCGCACGUUGUUGUGCUUCACACAGUCCCACUUAGCUUCUGCCACUGUCUCGUGGCAGCACCAUUCCUGCUGUCGCUGGCAUCCUGCCGGAGCGAGAUCACCUCCCGAGCUUCCACACUCAAGAUAGGAAUCGAGUUGUUGCUCUUAUGCUGCUACGUUCUACAGAGACAAGUGUAUUUGGAUGUAAAUAACAGCCCAGCUCUGUAUUUGCAACGAUUAAAUGAAGAGACAAGAAAGUUCUCUGGCUUCUAUAUUGCUGAAUGGGAUGCACAGUAGCAGCUGAUGCUGUAUUUGAGUGCUGAGUGCUACAUGGAGGUGCUCAGCACCCCCUGAGCUUUUGCUGGCUGCAAUGCAAAUGGGGGGGCUCAUCUUCCAGGAAGGCAAUCCACUUGGAAUUGACUCUAACAAAGCAUCCUGGUGUCACUCUGUCCUGCUUUGAUGCUUGCUGUCAUCCUGAGCUGAGAUUUGAUAGUCCCCUGGUUAAAACUGGAGUCCCCUCUGCCUAUCCCUGUGUUGCACCAAACCCCUUGCAGACAGUGUCUCCUUUGAGCCCUGCUGCCCAUGAGCUCUGCCCAUGGGAAGGACCAACCCACCCCACUCCUGCCCCUUGCAGUGGCACUUUAUGGCUUGCUCAACACAGCGAGCUCAUGAGCAACAUGACCAAAGAUCUCCAGAAGGCAUUGGGAUUGCACGUGUGGAGCUGCCUCCUGGUUUUCCAGAGGAAGGAUGAGGCUGAUGUGGGCUGGAAAAGGGGAAUGAGAACUGGCAGGAGACAAGUAAGGGCUUGGCUUUCCCUGUGUCCCACCUGGGAAUGUUUGCAGGUCCAUGUGCUAGAUAGAAGUUCCUGUGUGAGCUGAUUGUCCCCAGUUGGUUAGACCAAUAUGCUCCAUGGCUGUGCCAACUAGCUCCAUGCACUGCCCAAAGAGAGUGUGGACCAGAGGCUGUUUCUAGGAGGCAGGAUGGAUGCAAUUCCCACUUUUUUUUCAUGAGGAGAAGGGAGGAUGCAUGCCAAGCAAUUACACUUGUCUUCAGGGCAACAGGUCUCCUCUAGUUUAGUAGCAGAUGUUACAGGGUCCAGUCAAGGGCUUGUGCUGGCUCAGUGGGAUGUGGCCAGGAACAUGUGCAUCCUGAGAGCUGGUGGCCCUGCUGGCUGCCCCCUUGGUGUCCUCUCCCAGCUCACCCCAGGGCACCCUCAGCACCCUCCUUACCAGGGAACCAUCUUCUGAGGUGAAGGGACCAUGGUCUUUGCUUCUCCUGCUUAGGGUUCUAAAGGCAUCUCUGCCCACCUUAGCUCCCUGAAGGCUCCUGAACCUGGUCCCAGGGGGAGAUCUGUGCUCAUCCAGCCACAGUGCUCCUGUGGAUGGAUGCUCGGAUGGGUCUGGGCCUUGGGCACAUGCCCAUCCACCUUGUCUCUGCUUCCCAGCUAUGCUAAGCUUCUCCACUCCUUCCAUACCAUGAAAGCCUGCUGAUGCGCAGUGACAGCCCUCACUCCUGUCCUGGAUGGGAGCAGGUCCAACUUGCCAUUAUUUUAACCCAACCCCUCAAUCUAAGCCUUGAAAGCCACUUUACAGAGUCACUUUUCAUCCAGACCCCUUGCUAAAGACCUGCUCAUCAUGUUGCCUUUGCCCUGCUAGUCCUCUGCCCCAGCUCUCCUGCCUCCUUUCAGACCAUCACCAUCCCUGUUGUCCCAGGAGCAGUCAGUGCCUCUCCCAGACACAUCUGAACAAGCUGGAGCUGAAGGCAAAGCCUCUACUGAUAAUGGUGUGUCCCAACCCUGACCUCAGCAGAGCUUUCUAGACCACUGAUCCUCACCUCUUCUCUCAUGUCAUUCCCAUUCCCAGCUAAAUCGGCUCUGCUUUACUUCCAAGAUCAAUCUUGCUACUUGCUGAAGGACAUCUCCAUGGCUUGAAACCACUUGGGAUCAUUGCAUGGGGCUUCACACCAUCGCAACAGCACAGCCAGCCAGCUCUGGGGCUUCCCUGGUCCUUCCCCCCUCUGGAAAGACAGGGAUGUGAGGGGUGUAUGAGCAUCCCUGCUCUGCAGGGGCACACAGCACCCAGUGUAUCAAGGGGUUGGGAUCACAUCCAGCUGUUCGCAGUUGUUUGCUUCCCAAAAGGAUGUUCCAUGCUGGCAACACCAGACAUGAGCUUUUGCAUGUUCAGGAUAAGCCUCCUCACUGGUUCUCCUGAUGAAGGGGAUGGUGUCAGGUCUGGAGCCUGGGACAAGCUCUGGCACACAGGGUUGUGUCUUCACAGCUCUUCCACAGAUGUGUUUCCUCAGGCAGAAGGUCUCCGCUUUCUGUCACAAAGCAAUAGGUUUUUCUAGAGGGAUUCUAAAGGGACUAUUCCCAACUCUGAUACCUGCAGGCAAACCAAUGUUCUUUUGAAUACCUUCAUAGCUCUAGCCCUGGGCUCUCCUUGGGAAAGGGGUGCAAAGUCCAAUCUGGCUCCAAAUAAUCACCAAUGGUUUGAGCUUGGUGGUCCCCAUUCUUCCGGAGAGCCCAAAGCUGCCCAUAUCCAGCAGGCCACCAGUCUGGGUCCACAGGAGGUGUGCUCCAUCCCCCUCCGGUGCCCAUCCCAUUACUGUUACUGGGUCUUCUCCAUUAGCUCACCCAUGUGGGAGCCGCUGGGUCCCCUGGGGUGUCUGAGCACCCAGUUACAUUUGGUGACAACCAGACACCAGCGGGAGACCAUGGCAUUGGCUCUGCCAUUCCUGAGAGCCAGGCUGUCCUCUCUCGGAGGAGAAGAUCCCCUUUCCCAUUCAGGUGGCACUUGGGUUCCCUUCCAGCGGCUGCAGGGAGCAACACACAUGCAGGCAGAGCUCCACCACCGGUGCCAAAAGCGUUCCACCACCGGUGCAAUGAAAUGCUGCACAACCGGCCAAUGUGUCUAUGCAGUCCCUUUCCACGCAGCGGUGUCCCCGCAGAGCCCAGCCCAGGGCUGGAGCUCCUCCAAGGUGUCUUCGUUUGCACUCACUCGGACCUGGUAAUCGCUGUGAGCCGAGAGGAAACCCUCUUGGUCUUUGCCUUGCCCCAGGCAGUACGCUUGUGAGGGUUUCCUCCUCCUAAACCGAUGCACGUCACUUAGUCACCCGUCUUCUGCGUCUGUUCUUCAGCAGGUCAGUAGGUGUCCAUCCCCAAAACCCAGCUCCCUGAUGGGAGAACGUCAGGUUGGGCCACCCAGGGCCCCCCGAGCAAGCCUGCUGUCUGAUUUCACCAGCAAUAAAAGCCCCACGGAGGAGCAGGCAGAGCUCUCCAUUGCUGCUCCACCACCGGGUGAGCUGCAGGCUGUGUCUGUGUGUAGGACCUUCCGCAUUAGACCCUUGGUCCAACUACUUUGGACCUACCCAACUGUAAAUUCAAGCCCAGCCUUGUGCUUUCUUUCCUCUUGUCCGUUUCUUGACGCCUUUGGUCUCUCUUUCUGCUCUUACUGUGAAUUCCAAACCAGAAGUGUUCUGAUCUAGACUCUGUUACUGUUUUGUUUCUGCGUUGACUGUUGCUGGGUCUCCGAACUGCGUUUAAUGAGACUUUGCAAAAAGAAAUGAAGAUAAAAACAAUAAAAAGAAUAUAAAUAUAUAUAUAUACUUUAAAAAUUAAAUAUUUAAAAGAGGUUCAUAAAGUUGGGUGUCUCUCCUAUCCACUGGUCACUUCCAAACACCGUUGUCUUGACUUCACCUCUGGUGUUUAAAGAAAAGAGGUUGAUAAAGAAAAGGGAUCAAAACGCAGCGUUCCGGGAUUUUUGUACAGCAAAGGUGUAUCUGUUUUGGGAAUUCUCGUGAAAACCACCCCACAUCUCCCCAUCUACUGCUGGUCUGUUGUAUGUUUCCAUUGGGUUCUCAAGGUGUGAAGAGCUACUGCCUUUGCGAUUUUCUACGGUGAAUAUAUAUCUGUACAGAGGUAUGUAUAUAUAUAAAUAUAUACGAAGAUCUAUAUGUAUACGUAUCUCUCCUCUCUCCACCUGACUGUGAAGGAUUUUUAUUGGGCAAAAUAAACUGGAGAAAGGCCCCAUUUUAAAAA